UAAGUACAUUACUUUUAACUGCUCGCCAUCAUUUAUUCGAUUAACGCAACAACGACGUGCUGUGUAUUUAAACUCAUUCCCGGUCCGGUCACCCGUUUUGUUUUCCCGUGUCUUCUGAUCAGGCUGCAUUGGAAUCCUUUCAGACUACAUACAUUACAAAAAGCUACAUUCAUUACAUUACAACGAUGGAGAAUGAUAACGAGCAAACAGCACUUCCGUACCACCCCUCGCACGAGUCCCAUCUGCUCCGCGUGCAGAACGACGGCUUCGAGAUCGAUCCCGACGAGAAGUACCUGCCCGAAGAAUUCCCGAAGGUCAUCGAGUCGCCGCUCGUCUGGAAGGGCGAGGAGGUGGCGGCCACGCCCGAACGGUGGAUCCUCCAGCUGAGCAAGGACGAUGUGGAUGAGAUCAAAGGAGCGAUGGAAGUGUUUCUAGACACGGGUGCACUGUUUAAGGAAAUCUCGCCCGCGACGUUCUCGCUGAGUCCCGAGUUACGGGAGCGCCUUGCGAAGCUCCGAGACUCGCUGUACGACGGAUUGGGAUUCGGCCUGAUUAAAGGCCUCAAUUCUCGCGACUACACCAUGAAGGAGAACAUCGUCAUCCACGCGGGUCUGACCAGCUACUUCGGUAGCAAGCGGGGGUACAUGGGGGCUCAGGGGAACGACGUUCUGGCGCACAUUCGGAACAUCCAGCAGCACUUCCCGGGGCAAGAUAUCGUGUCCCCAUCAUUCACGAACGCGGCAAUGACAUUCCACACCGACCUCGGCGACAUCGUCUCCAUCUUCACCGCGAGCAAGGGCACCUCCGGCGGCGCGUUCCGCAUCGCCAGCGCCUGGAAUGUCUACAACGUGUUACGCGCGACCCGUCCAGACGUGUUACGCACCCUGAGCCAGCCGUUCGUAUUCGACACCCUACACCCCGACAUCCCCUCGUACCAAAAACCGCUGCUGCACUUCCACGCGGGACGGGUGCUACUGCAAUCCUUCCGGCGGCCAUUCACGGGCUUCGGCGGCACCGCGCGGUCCGACACGCUGCCGGCACUAAGCUCUGCACAGAAACUGGCGCUGGACACACUGCACUUCGCCGCGCUAAACAGCUCCCUCACCAUCAACUUCGCAGACGGCGACCUCUGCGUCUUCAACAACCUCGCGCUGCUGCAUGCUAGGGACCAGCACGAGUCGCCGUCCACGUCCCACUCCGAGUCCCACCCCGAGUCCGCGCCCGCGCCCGCGUCUGUGUCUGUGUCCGCGCCCGAGUCCACGUUCGCGACCACGUCCGCGUCCGAGUCCGGGGAAGCGAGUGCGCGCCACCUACUGAAGAUGUUUGUCCGCGACGACGACGCGGAAAGGGCGUGGAGUAUCCCACCCGUGGUACAGGAUCAGUGGGAUGAGCUGUACGGAAGUAGAACGGACCCGCGGACCGAGGACUUUCCGUUCGAUUAUCCGCGCGGCGGGACGGUGCCGAAUUAUGGGUGGAGUCAGAAUGGUUGAAUCGGGGAUGACGGGGGGUGAACGGAGGGCGGGGUGUGAAUGGGGGUGGGACGGACGGGGUGAGGCGACGGGGGCUAAUGACGGG